AUGGUUGACAAAGACGUGGCUCCUGACGAGGUAGGAGAGAUGCUCCCCCCAGUUGUGGAUGAGCUGCUUGGUGGAGCAGAAGUAGAAAUGCUUGUUGCUGCAGAGCUGCCUGUUGCUGAAGAACUACCUGUAGCUGAAGAACUAGCCGUGGGCGAGACAGAAGAACUGACAGCUCCAGAACUGCUCAAAGUUGAGGAAUCGGCUGCUGAUGAAGAGCUCCCUGUUGAAGAGAUACUUGUUGUCAAGGACGUGAUCGUCGACGAAGGGCUGACUACUGAGGAAGAGCUGGCUACUGAAGAAGUGAGAGAGCUGCUUGUCAAGCCCGAGGAAGAACUACUUGUUGCCGACGAACUGCCUGUUGACAAAGCUGUCACCGAGGAAGAGCUGACCGUGGAGGAAGCAGAAGAGCUGAUGGGUUCAGAAGGACUCAAAGUGGUAGAGGAGCUCAAAGUCGUAGAAGUACUCAAAGUAGAAGUACUCAAAGUCGAAGAGGGGCUUGCUGGGGGAGAACUGUCUGUUACCGAAGAACUACUUGUUGACAAAGUGACAGUUGUCGACGAGGAGCUCGUAAUUGAAGAUGGGGUGAUUAUUGAGGACGAGCUGGUUGUUGACAAGGUGCUAGUUCCUGAGGACGGGCUGACUACUGAAGAAGAGAUGGAGGAGCCGUCUGUUGAUGAAGAACUAGCUGUUGAUGUCGUCAAGGAAGAGCUAGACGUCGAUGAAGUAGAGGUGCUGAUUGCUGACGUUGGGCUAACUACAGAAGACGAGCUAGCUGUUGUUAAGGAGCCAGUCGCCGAAGAAGAGCUGACUACCGAUGAGGCAGAGGAGCUGUCUAUUGAUGAAGAACUACCUGCAAUCGAGGAAGAGCUCGUUGUCAAUGUCGUCGAGAAAGAGCUAGCCACCGAGGAAGUGGAGGAGCUGACUACUUGGCUGUUUGAAGAACUGCUUGGUGAAGACGAGCUGGCUGAAGUUGACAGGCUAGUUGCUGAAGAUGAGCUGGCUACCGAGGAAGUGGAGGAAUUGACCACGUCACUGUUCGUGGAACCACCUGUUGACGAAGGGCUAGUUGUCAAUGAAGAGCUGGUUGCCGAUGGAGAGCUGACUAUUCCUGUGCUGGAGGAGCUGGAAGAGGUAACAGCUGUAGAAGUGAAAGUGCUUCCUGUUGUGGGCGCGGAGGAGCUGAUCUCGGUGGAGGUUGAGGAACCAACUGCGGUGGAAGUAGAAGAGCUCACUUCCAAAGUUGAGGAAGAAGUGGCUGCCGGCGAAGACGAGCCUGAGCUCGAGGAAACAGAAGAUGAGAUGGACGGGGUAAUUGAAGAGGUGGUAGACGGCGCAGAGGAGCUUCCUGUCUGA